AUGACGAAAGCCAAUCUCACGCUCUCCUACACCGGCGGGCGGCCGUCCACGAUCGGCAUCGCGGCCGUCAACGAGGUUCUGCGCGCCGUGGGCGUCCGCGUCAGCCAGACUCCCGUCCCCGCGGAGGCCUACCCCAUCCUGGAGGCGUCAAAGACUCGGGCCAUCUCGGAGGACGAGCAGGCCGAGCUCAUCUCCAAGUUUAGCCUGGACCGCAAUGGUCUCCUGGCGCAGGUUCAGCUCGCCGGCCGCACGCCCGAGGUCCGCGACGGCGGCAACCUGAAUACCUCUGAGCACAACGUCGCCCCCUACCCCAAGGUCUACGACAUGCAGGCCAUGGACGAGGCCGGCAGGAAGUUUGUCCUCGGCCGCUUCGGUCGCCUCCACGUAAACACCGCCGACGAGGGCGGCGUCGGCAUCGACGAGGUCAUGACUGUGGUGUCGGGCGGCCCGAUGACGUGGUUCUUCCGGCUCCCCGACGGCGUCAUCGUCAAGCUCUCGGUGCCCGCCGUGGAGAUUGGCGACCAAGCCUGGCGCCUCAGCUAUCCCGGCAAGCGUCCCCACGGCGCGUUCCUGGACGCGCAGCAUGGUCUCGUCGUGGCGUACGCACACGGCCCCAAGGAGUUUGUCAUACGCUACGAGUCCUCGAGCGCCGAAGGCGCAGCGGCGUUGGGCACCAAUCCGUGGAUUGACUUUGGCGGCAACGCGCCCCGGAUGCUCGACAACGUCUCGUCAUGA